AACGGUCAGUGGACAGACAGACAGACAGACAGACAGACAGGCAGGCAGGCAGGCAGGCAGACAGACAGACAGACAGACAGACAGGCAGGCAGGCAGGCAGACAGACAGACAGACAGACAGACAGGACCCUCAAUGCAACCGGUUUGGGUCAGAGGAGUUGGUGUCCAGCUCUGUGCAGACAAACACACUCUCUGUGGAAUGGGACUCGAGGAUUGUUCUCCCGUGGCGGUGGCGGCGGCGGCGGUGCAGCGGCGGAGCAACAGACCCUGCAGGACGUCGCCAAGAGCAUCAGAGAGCAGCAGUACAAGAGGGUGGUGGUGAUGGCCGGAGCUGGGAUCAGCACGCCGAGUGGAAUCCCAGAUUUCAGGUCUCCAGGCAGCGGUCUCUACGACAACCUGCAGCAGUACGACCUGCCUUACGCCGAGGCCAUAUUCGAGAUCGGCUUUUUCCAUCGAAACCCGAAUCCCUUCUUCGCCCUGGCCAAAGAGCUGUAUCCGGGGAACUACCGGCCCAACCUGACACAUUAUUUUGUACGGCUGCUGCACGAGAAGGGUCAGCUUCUCAGGAUGUACACGCAGAACAUCGACGGGCUGGAGAGGUUGGCAGGGAUUCCUCCUGAGAUGUUGGUGGAGGCGCACGGUACAUUCGCCACCGCCACCUGCACUGUGUGCCUGAGGAAGUAUGAGGGAGAGGAGCUGAGACCGGAUGUGAUCAGCGGGACGGUCCCGAAGUGUCCCACCUGUAAGGGCGUGGUCAAGCCGGACAUCGUGUUUUUCGGGGAGGAGCUUCCACGUCACUUCUUCAAGUACCUGACAGACUUCCCGCUGGCAGACCUGCUGAUCAUCAUGGGAACCUCGCUGGAGGUGGAGCCCUUCGCCAGUCUAGCGGGAGCUGUGCGGAGCUCCGUCCCCCGUCUGCUCAUCAACAGGGACCUGGUGGGGCCGUUCGCAUGGAGCCGGCGGCCUCAUGACGUCGUGCAGUUGAGUGACGUGGUCAGCGGUGUGCAAGCUCUGGUCGAUACCCUCGGCUGGACUCAGGAGCUGGAAGAGCUGAUGGCGGCCAGCGCUCGGAAACCUGCAACAAAGACAGAAGAGUGACCUUUUCCCCACAUCAGGCCGAAGGUUUGACCUUAUUCACUGCAGGACUGCAUCCAGCACGCCGUUGUACUGAGGUUCAUGUACUAAUACUGGGAUUAGUGGGAAUACUGGGAAACUCACAGACUGACAGAUAAGAUUACAGUGGAAAUGUUGUAUAACAAAUGUUUCUCAGUCAAAUACCAGUGAAUAAGGUAAGUGACACGUGGCAGAGAAAUCUAAUCAGGUGUUUUAUUGUCACAACAAAAAGAAAAUGUAAAAAAUAGUCACAUUUGUUGAGCUUUAUGUACAGUAAAGGUAUGUAUGAUAUUAUAUUUUAUUUAUUAGCCUCUAACUUCUUAAAAUUCAGCCUAAGAAAUGCAAUGUUGACCCUGAUGAUGGCCUUUGUUUGUAUGAAGUCAUUUAAUUCUGCUGUAAAUCACUGAGUGGAAUUAAAAGUCAAACUGUAUAAAUAUUUAAGAUUAAAGCAAAUAAAGAAAAAUAAGAAUGUU